GGAUCUAUGGUAUCCUAUGUCAUCAACUCACGGCGCUUUGUUGUUUUUUCGGGAUAGAAAGAUUGAGAAAACAAUUGAAAUUCGUUGCAAACAGUCCGGAUUAAGUGAAUAUAGCACUUCAUUUGGUUCGGUUUAAUCAGAAGCCCACAACAUCUGGAAUUAAACUGCUCUUGUCAGGUGAAAAGUGGCGUAUUUUUGUGACCACAUCAGCUCCGCAGUGAGCUAGCUAGCUACUCCAGGAGGGUGUCCUGAUUGGAGCGGAAGGAAUUCCAGGCACUGGGAAGAAGGGCAGAAUCUCUGCUGGGAUGCCUCACGCAAGUUGGAAAAAACUGCAUUUGACGAUUCCACCGGGAGUCAUGACGCUAUAAAUCUGGAGUAUGAGUUCAUUUGACUAAUAUCAGUUUGCAGGAACAGUUUGGCGGCUUUGUAACUGUUAAGUUAACGUGCCAGUUUAGCGAGUUAGCUAGCCACGUAGCUACCUCUCAGUGGUAAGACAUUUAAAAUGGCGGAAGGUUGGCCCAGUCCUUCGGUUCUUGUCUUCAUGCUGCUGAGUUUGAGUGCCAGGGCCAGUGAGUCUUGUCCAGCUGCUUGUUCGUGUUCAAAAGGACAGGAUGAGGUUUAUAUUCUGGACUGCAACAGAAGAAAGCUGUCGGUGGCUCAGCUGGACCCCCCAGAUGGGAUAACCCAAGUCACCAUGAAUCACAAUGAGCUGACGGUUCUUCCAUUCCUUGGGGAUGUUUCUUCAAACAUCACCUCACUGUCGUUAGUCCACAAUCGGAUCUCUGAGCUGUUGAUGCAUCAGCUACAGCCAUAUGUUUCCCUGGAGACAUUGGACCUUACAUCCAACUCUAUCUCUGAGCUCAAAGUUGGAUCCUUCCCGUCUUUGCAACUGAAAUAUCUGAAUUUGAGUAACAACAAGAUCAGUGUCCUCGAGCCUGGCUGCUUUGAAAACAUCUCCAGCUCCCUGCUGGUGCUGAGACUGAACAGAAACAGAUUAGCAGUGCUGCCAUCCAAAGUCUUCAAACUUCCACAGCUUCAGUUUCUUGAGAUGAAGCGCAACAAGAUCAAGAUAGUGGACAGUCUGACAUUUAAAGGGAUGGACUCAUUGAAGUCACUGAAGAUGCAGAGGAAUGGCAUCACUAAGCUCAUGGAUGGGGCCUUUUUUGGACUUAACAAUAUUGAAGAAUUAGAGCUGGAACACAACAACCUAACUGAGGUUAACAAAGGUUGGUUAUAUGGCCUGCGCUUGCUGCGUAUCCUGCGGGUCAGCCAAAAUGCUGUUGGCAUCAUUCGACCAGACGCCUGGGAGUUUUGCCAAAAGCUGGAGGAACUAGAUUUGUCCUCCAAUCACCUGACUAGACUGGAGGAGACAGCGUUCAUAGGAUUAGGUCUCCUGGAGAGCCUAAACCUGGGAGAAAACUCCAUCAGCCAUUUGGGAGAGGGAGUGUUCAGUGGCUUGGCAAGUCUGCGCACCCUAGAUAUCCACAAUAAUGAAAUCUCCUGGGCCAUCGAAGACUCCAUAGGUGUAUUUGAUGGAAUGAAGAAGCUGAAUACACUAAUCCUACAGCAGAACAAAAUCAAAUCAAUCACUAAAAAAGCAUUUGAGGGCCUGGAGGAGCUGGAACACCUGGACCUCAGCAAAAAUGGCAUCAUGUCGAUACACCCUGAGGCGUUGUCCCAUAUGAAGCUCAAAGUAUUUGUUCUGAACACGAGCAGCCUGCUUUGUGACUGUCAUAUGCAGUGGCUGGGUCCUUGGCUGACAGACAGCCAAUUCCAGCAGUCUGUCUCCGCUAUCUGUGCCCAUCCUACCAAUCUACUUGGUCGCAAUGUUCUCUCCAUCAGCCUGGAGGAGUUUGUUUGUGAUGAUUUCCCAAAGCCUCAGAUCACAACUCACCCAGAGACAUCUGUGGCACUGCGGGCCAACAAUGUGACACUGAGCUGCAUUGCGUCCAGCAGCAGUGAUUCACCAAUGACCACAGCGUGGCGAAAGGAUGGGGAGGUGCUGUAUGAUGCAGAAGUGCAAAACUACGCCCGGUACCAGGAAGGAGAGCUGAUCUAUACCACUGUGCUUCACCUCCUCAAUGUCAACUUCACUGAUGAGGGCCGUUAUCAGUGUGUGGUCUCCAAUCACUUUGGCUCCAACUACUCCAACAGAGCAAAGCUUACUGUCAAUGAGCUGCCUUCCUUUCUUAAGACUCCCAUGGAUCUGACUAUCCGGACUGGGACCAUGGCCAGGCUGGAGUGUGCUGCUGAAGGCCAUCCGUCACCGCAGAUUGCUUGGCAAAAGGAUGGAGGCACUGACUUCCCUGCUGCCCGGGAGCGCCGGAUGCAUGUGAUGCCGGAUGAUGACAUCUUUUUCAUUGCUAACGUGAAGACAGAAGACAUGGGAGUGUACAGCUGUACAGCUCAGAAUGCAGCUGGUAGUCUGUCGGCAAAUGCUACACUGACUGUCUUGGAAACUCCGUCCUUCAUGCGACCACUUGAAGACAGAACAGUGGCCCGUGGUGAAACUGCUGUGCUUCAGUGUAUAGCUGGAGGCAGCCCUGCUCCACGUCUUAACUGGACUAAAGAUGAUGGACCUUUGGUGCUAACAGAACGCCAUUUUUUCGCUGCAGCCAACCAACUACUCAUCAUAGUUGAUGCUGGUCCCGCUGAUGCUGGGAAAUACACCUGCAUCAUGUCUAAUACUCUGGGUACAGAGCGUGGCCACAUCUACCUGAGUGUUUCACCAUCGCCAAACUGUGAUACUGGCACAGGGUAUGACCAGGAUGGCUGGACUACUGUGGGCAUCGUGGUGAUUGUGGUGGUGUGCUGUGUGGUUGGAACCUCGCUGGUCUGGGUCAUUGUCAUCUAUCACAUGCGUAGGAAAAGUGAAGACUACAGUAUCACCAACACAGAUGAGAUGAAUUUGCCAGCAGAUAUCCCCAGCUACCUGUCCUCUCAGGGUACAUUGUCAGAGCCUCAGGAAGGCUACAGUAAUUCUGAGGCUGGCAGCCAUCAGCAGCUUAUGCCUCCUCUCUCCAAUGGAUACGUUCAUAAGGGCACAGAUGGUGUGUGUUACGGAGACACGGGCAGUGAGGUGGAAACUGAGGGGAAUGGCAUGCUGCACUGCAGGGUUGGCUCUCUAUUCACUGGCCGUAGCAGCUUCCAUCCUGGUGAGCCUCGUGAGGGACUUGCUGGAGUUUCCACAGGUGGUGCAGGUCCACUGGUCAUCUGCUCAGACUGCUACGACAAUGCCAACAUCUACUCUCGCACACGGGACUAUUGCCCUUAUGCCUAUCUGGGGGAGGAGGAUGCACUGGACAACCCUCUGCCAAGCCUGAAGGAGAGCAUCAGUGAGCAUGCUCAGCACAAGGACACAACACUGGAGAGCUUCAUUAGCAACCAGGACCCUUCGGUCUUUCUCACCUCACACGACAAAAGGCUCAGCAGCCACACUCCGCCAGAGCACUACUCUAAUGAUUUCCUUAGCAGGUCUUUCUGGAGAGAUGGGGAAGAUGCAGCCUCAAAAUCGCAAUCAGGAGCAUCCCAGCUCCCAGUGACUGUACUCGGGACAGCCCCUCUGACUUCUGCUGCAGAUGUGGCAGUGGAAAAGAAUGAAGCAGAGGUAGACUGUUUCCCCAGCCAGUGCACCCAGGACCACAAAAGUGCCUCUAAUAGGACUAACCUUCAGGAGCAUCCAGCUCCCACAUAGAUCUUUACACUCUGACCACUUCUGCCUCUGACUUGUUGUUGCUGCACCCCUCCCAUCCCCACUUUCACCCACUACCUCCAAAGAGACUCCUCACAUUCUGCCAAAGAUGCUCUCUUGUAUGUUUACAUCCCCCUUUCACUCAAGAGGACAAGGUAACAUUCUCCACUGGUGUAAGACUGCUGUGCAGACUGGAUAAAUGGAGUGGUGAUUAAAGUGACCUCCUCCUUGACACCUCCACCUCUAGAGGACCUCUGUCUCCCACAUCCUCCACUCUUCUUUGUUCUCAUACUUGAGAAAACUAUGAAUGUAUGCUUUAAAGAGCCAUGUCAGAUGCUGCCAUGAGAGAACACCAAGACACGGUCGAAUCUAUACAAGCUCUCUGCUGCUGUGGGACUGAAAUAAUGUGCCAGUUGACAUCACACUGGCAUCAUUGCUAGUACAGACACCUGUUGGAGCAGCCUCCAUGACUUGAGAGAAAAUCACUUAGCACCUCUUCCCAAGUAGGGGGAAAUGGGGGUUAAACAGGGGACGGUUGUAGUUCCCUGACCAGCAGUUUUUGGUUGAUCACAUUGGACACCCUUUAAGGCAAAACCGCCCUCAUUCCGACAGCCAUCCUGACUGACUCAAAAUUAUGCUAUGGUAUCCUGUUAUGCAAAUUCCAGAGACAGUGACACCAAAAUAUGGUGUAUAUUAUGAAUAUAUAUGAAUAUAUCCUGUAUUAUCUUUAUCUGAUCUUGUUUUUGUCCUAUAUCAAACGCAGUUGUUAAUUCCAUUAAUUGUAUGUCUUCAUAAUGAUCAGUUUGGGGAGAAAGCGUAGUUGUUUUGCACAUGAGACAAUCACAAUAUUGCUGGCUACUUUGUAAUGGUUGUCUAAUGGAUGGCCUUUUUAACAAGCAUUCUCAGCAAUCUUGUUCAGGUGACAACUUUAUUUUUAUACAGUAUGCACUGAUUUUGUUCCCUUUUAUCAUAUGUUACAGGCACUUAAUUUAAUGGUGGCAAGUUUUAAUAUGCAGUCUGCAUACUGUUUUACAUUGGGAGGAUUUAUCAUCACAGUUUUAUCUCAAAAAGGUCACGACCCUUCCAUAAAUACUGAUUAAGCCUAGGUUUUCACUUGGGACUGUGAAAAAUUAGAAUGUAUUUUAUUAUUUUAUACAUGUAUGUAUGUGUACAUAAUGCUAGUUAUCUAUUAAAUGCCAUGUCCUUUUAGUCAAUUUGAAUAGAGAUUUGAGACGCAACCUGCAGUAAGUUUUAAAACAUUAAGCUUAUUUGUUUAAGCUUACGCUGCCCUUUGUUAACCAGAAUUUUUUACGUGUUGGUUCAGGUAACAAGAUGAACAUUUUCGUGAUAAUUGGGUCUUAUUUUCCUCGAAAACAGUAAUCAGACAGCAGCUGGCUUCAGUAAACAGCGCUGUUUCCAAAUGUCAGCUGUAACAUUGCUUUGAGGUUUAAAAAUUAAAAUGCCUCUCAUUUAGUGAGGACCUGUUUAAUCAGGUUUGAUCUCAUGAAAUGUUCUUAAAAAUCCUCUCGAGUGUUGCUCUUCAGAGUUGCUCAAAUGUGAUUGGUUUUGUGACUCUUAUACUGUAUCUGCUCAGUAUAUUUAGUAAGUUGCCCUUAGCUGCCAGUAUAUUAGACAUACCUACCUAAAAUGAUUGAAGCCAGUGAAACCAGUCUGUUGAUAGCUAAUCCUGCUAUGUUCAGUUGGUGUUAACCCUUUGAUGGGCAGUGUGGGUCAGGAGAUACCCAUUUUCCAUUGGAUUUGGGUCAUUUUUGAUACACCCAUGCGCAUACAACAUGGGUCAACACCACAGUGGUGUUGAUUAACUUUAAUGGUUGUUGUGGAGGAUGUAGUUACACUGACAUAAAUUGUCAUUGUUUUUCCUCCCAAUUUACAUCACUCUGUGCAGAAACACCAUUUUGCGUAAUGCAGAACAUUUCGGCAGCACCUCACACUGCCUUCUCCAUAAUGAUUAUAGAGGUGAAUCAACACAGUUUUAACAAAAACUGAACAUUAUAACCCUCAUUAAUUCAAAAUAAGUAUGUCUAAUAAACUGGUACCUGAGUCUAUAUCAUUGUCAGUUUUGUAGCGAUGAUGUGUGACAGCAGAUUGCCUCCAUAUUCUGGAGGUUUGUUGUUGUUAUUGUCAUUUCACAGUGAUAAUCAUUACUCCUACAUUCUGCUGUGCUAUUGGUGGCCAAGAAAAGAUCUGACAUGUUGUAGUGGUACAGAGUGUUCAAGGGUACCGAGUUCAGCCACAAGAAAAAUCGAUAAUGCUGAAAAGUUAAUCUGCAGUCCAUUUGUGAUGACGUAGCUUGAUGUUAUGUUUUCCAUGCUGUGUCACAAAGUGUAGCAUGGUCAGACAAGUUAUUGUUACUUUAUUAUCAGUAAGUAUUUAAAAUUCCAUUAAGUUACAAAUGGUAUGCAUAAAGCUGCACCUCCUAUAUAUUGUUCCUCUGAUUUGGUUGUAAUUUGUUUUCAUAUGUACAUAACCAUUCAAAAGUUUGGGGUCACUUAGAAAUGUCCUUAUUUUUUGAAAGAAAAGCAUUUUUUUUUCAAUGAAGAUAACAUUAAAUUAAUCAGAAAUACAGUCCAGAGAUAGGUAAACAACUGUUCUAGCUGGAAACAGCUGAUUUUUAAUGGAAUAUCUACAUAGGGCUAUCAAGGAACAUUUCCAGCAACCAUCGCUCAUCUAUUCUAAUGCUACAUUGUGUUAGCUAAUGGUGUUGAAAAGCUGAUUGAUGAUUAGAAAACCCUUGUGCAUUUAUGUUAGCACACGAAUGAAAGUGUGAGUUUUCAUGGAAAACAUGAAAUUGUCUGGGUGACACCAAACUUUUGAAUGAUAGUGUAGGUACAAGUGUUUGCUCCUUCAUUUCCAAAUCAGCACAUUCCAUGUCUAUUCCUGGGAAACUGAUAUCAGCUACAAAGGUGAUAUUAGACUAAUACUUUUUUCUAAGCCAACACUAAUGCCUAAGCAUGACUUCCUGGUUUGCCUGAUACACUCCGUAUUUCAGUCAUAGCAGAUCCUGGUUGUUUCUUGAUGUUCUCUGACUGUUGGCCAAAGUUAAUUUCAUGCCCCUCCUGAGCGACACAAAAAUUUAAAUGAAAACUUGCAGCGACAAGUCAUUCUAAUGGAGCUGCAUGUCCGGGGGACAUACAUCGAUUCAGUGUUCAAUACUUUCUACCCACACAGCCUAGCAUAAUGUGCAUUUGUUUUAUUUUAUUAUCUGAAACGUCCUUUAUGACUUUAUACCAAAGUUUAGCAGUAACUGCUCUGGCAAUAUCCAAUGCUGCUUUUUUUUGUAUUGUUGAAGUUUUGCAAUUUUUUUUUUCAAUUGUAUUUUGAACUUUGUUUACUUGUACAUUCUGUAAAGCAUGUCUAAAGAGCCCUUUUGUUACAUAGCCAUUACUCGAACAUUAAACGUGAAUUCUGAUAA